CAUAGGUAUAGUUAGAGCACAGCGCGUGUCGCGACAGUGUGACCGACGCGCAUCGUUCAGCCGUUGUUUCACGCUGCGUUGCGGCUCCAGUUUUCCUUUUUUACACUUUCAGUCCUGGACUCUGUGCUGCACUUUCACCAAGUCUGAGCAUGCUAAUAAUAUCGCUGACGACUUGUGAGCGGAUGCGGAGGAGUAGGCGUCAGGAUAGCGAUGUCGAAUAAAGCGAGCGUGGCAAAAGACGACGGAGGCAUUCGCUCGUGAAUUUUCGCCAAGGACAAUCGACGCGAAGAGACGCUAGUUCCGAGGACACCAAUGCAAGGCCCAGGUGAGCAGUAGCUUCGUCGGCAACCACCCGCGGCACUGUGGCAAGGUCGAGGGCCGGUUCUCAGCGCAAUCGACGCGACAGCUGAGGCAAGAGGAGAUGAGGCUGGCCGCUGCUCGACGCGACGAACUCGAAAGCCGCAGCGAGUUGGUGCGCUGCUAGUCAGAGGAGGCGAGCGGCUGCCGGCGAGGAAAGCUCGACGGGCGUCCGAAGCGCCGGAGCUGGCUGCUGCCGUGUGCCGGGUCAGGCCACGCGUGCAUGCCGCUCGAGGCCUAUAAAUAGAGCGCGAGUCGGUGCGUGGCGGCGCUGAUCGGCUGCGGCGGCGGCGGCGGCGGCGGCGGCGGCACGCCGCUCGAGCUUGCGGGUGAAAAUAGCCGAAGAAUGCUCACGACGUCCAAUUGGACCUGGCUGGCAGGAGGAUGGGCCAAUAUGGCCGACUUGGCCGAGCGGGUGGACGAUCUGAUAUGCAGUUUCGAGCCGUCCGCCGACGCGACAAUGGACACCCUGUCGAUGCUCAUCUUCGGCUGGAUGCUGCUGGGCCUGCUGGUGCUGUGCGUCGGCAAGUUCGUCUACAACAAGCUCUACCAGCGCGGCAAGGCCACCGCGCUGCACUCGGCCGCCAGUGCCAGUAGCGCCAGCGCCGCCAGCCCGCAGCAGACGCAUCAGCAGCACGGGCCGCCGGCCGCGGCCGCCAGGGAGGCGCACAGCGCGGCCGCUGGCCUGGGCGCCAUCGGCGAGAGCGUGCUGCUGCUGGGUGCCGGGGCCUCGGCCUCGGGGGUGGCGGCCGCCGUAGCCAAGUCCAGGUCGGCCAACGCCUCCAGGAGCCAGCUCGCCGGCCCAGGCGCGUCCGCCGGUCCGGCCGCGCUCGCGGGCCCCGCGGCCUACGUGCCGCCCACGCCGCCGGCCAGGAAGCGGCUCACCCGCAAGAACUCGGGGCCGCUGGUCAGCCCGGCGCGUAGCUCGCGGGCGCUGCACCUGCCCGCGGCCACGGGUGCCGACGCCGAGGCCGUCAGAUGGGCCAACGAGAUGCUCUGCUGGCUGCACACCGACCUCGUCGUGCUCGACGAGCUCCUCGCCGUUUGGGUCAACUCGCUCAACGACUUCGUCGCCUCCGCCAUCGCCGAGCACGGAAUCGGCGUGGAAUUCGUUCGAGUUCUGCCGGAAACCCACCCGCCUGUUCUGUCCAACAUCUUCUGCGAAUGCGACUCGAAGGACGACGUGACGAUAACGUGCGACUGCGAGGCGACACCUGCACUGCAGCUGAAGGCCUUCCGCCAGCACGGCGACAAGAUCGAGGCAAGCCAUUACCGCGUGAACGUGAAUCGCUUCCGAGCCCGGCUCAACGUCGUUUGCAUCACGGAGAAGCUGCUCGUCGAUCUCAAGUGCGACGGCUGGCCGGAGGUGAAAGUCUCUCUGGCGCCAGUGGGCACGAUCAAGAAGGACUUGGACGAGGCUCAACUGCAGGAACUGCUUACGGAAAUCGUUGUGGGCGCGAUACGCGGCACCAACCUGCACCUCAAUCUAUCUCAGUACAUCAAUUGUCCUCGAUUAUGGCGCGAGCCCGUCAACCAGUCGGGCUACUCCAUGCCUUUGCACUACGAUACCAUGGGUGGCUCGAGCUCGACGAUCAGCCGACGGACCGGCCACGCCCACUCCUCGACCUCGGCGAUACACCAAUACGCUCCGGGCGAACGCCGACUCCUGGUGAAAGUCGUCCGAGCGGCGGAUCUGGCCGGCCAGAGCCAAUGCAAAGAAGCAUACUGCGUGGUGGAGCUCGACGAGCCACCGCAGAGGCAUCAGACUUCCGUGAAGAAAGAAACGAAGAGCCCCGUCUGGGACGAGGCGUUUUUAUUCGACGUCAGUCCAAGCACGACGGAAGUGCUACUGGAGGUGUACGAUCGAGUGAACAAGAGCGAGCGAUUUCUGGGCCUCGGUAUCGUCGGCCUGGAAGAGUUGCUGGCGAACCCGAGUCAAAGGCAAAUCAUACCUUUGCAAGCGCGACCUUACGAAGAAGACGAAGUGACGGGCACUCUCACAGUCGAAUUUCUCUUUAUCGAGGGUGCGGAAGUGCCUCAAAUUGGCAACAAGCCUUACAAGGUGAAGGAAACGAUCAAGCAGCCAUCUUCACCGACACGUACCUACAAUCCGACAAACAACUUAUUGAGCAACACUAGCAUUAACUAUAACAACGAUUUUAUGACGAACGGCACUUCUGCUAUUAAUUCGCCGUAUAGAACUGGUCAAUCUAAUGGUAACAAGGGAACAUUGAUUGUCCAUAGCCAACAAAGACAACCCGAGCGACAAGUCGUCAAGGUCGGAUUGAGUGAAAAUGGAGGAUGGACAGAAAUCCCAGUAGAAAAUGGGGAUAAAGAGAUGAAUGCAACAGGGCAAGAUAGUACCACAUCAAAUUCAGAUGGAUUGAAAGAUAGGGGAAGAAGUAGGAGAAAACGAAGAGACUUUUUUGGGACAAUCAGAAAAAGGUUGAGUCGCUCAAAAACAAGAAGUCGAUCAGUUGGACCCGAAGAGGAUCCUGAUCAUGAAGACGCUCAUUCAAGAUCAAUUUCAGCUGACAGAGCGAAAGAUCCAGGAUCUGGACGAGAAGAACAUUCAAGAAGAUCAAGUGUGAGCGAAGCAUCUGCAAUCAGUGGUACUUCGAUGAGGACUUAUGUCAAUGAAGCGUCUACUUUGGUGCUUGAAACAAUGGAAAAUGGCAUUCGAAAACAUUAUCUCGUUCCAUUAUCAUUGGCACAAAAAAGUAGAUGGAAGAAAAAAGGCACCAAACUACAUAUUUUCAACGAUCAUACAUUCAUUGCAAAGCACAUGCCUGGAGGUACAGUAUGUGAAGUUUGCAAAAAAACGUUGGCUCGCCGAUUAGGUAAACAAGGCUAUGAAUGUCGAGACUGUCAAAUGAAAUGUCAUAAACAUUGUCACGUUAAAAUUGACUCGAUGUGUUCAUCUUCCACUAUUCAAAACAUAGAAUUGAUUUUUGUAAAAUCUCCUGAAUUAAAGAGGAAACCAUCAGUGCGGGUUCGUUAAUCCUGUGAAGAACCAGUGAUGUUAACAGACUGCGUAGCUCUGCAACUUAGACUCCAGCAUCCAGAUCUUCACUUCGUCGAAUUCCAUUUCAAUGUUUCAAAAGUUCAUAUACCAUAAUAUUUUACUGAAUUUUUGAUUUUCAACUCAAUGGUUACAGAAUAAUAAUGGAAUCAUUGAAUGUCUGCUUUCUAUCCUAUGAAAUACUUGAAUAACGAUUGUAAAUUGAUUUUUUGUAACGAAUGGUGCAAGAGUUACUUUUAUUUUAUAUUUUGCUGAAGUAAGCUUCAUCUAGUCUUGCAAUUUUUUUUAAUACAUAUAUGAUCAUGUCGAUAAUUUAUAUACAAACGAAAUAUUAAUAAACUUUUUAAUGAUGUCAAUCUUCCUUCGGGGUCCUCCAAAAAAGUAACUAUGAAUAUAUAAUACAUCCGUACUUACAUUUUUUAUGUGCUUAUUUGUUUUGUUUGAUUUAUUUUGAAAUAUAUUUACAUAUAUAUUUUAUUCUUAAAACUAAUGCAUUAUAUUAAAGGCAAACAGGCUGUCUUCUGUUAUACGAAUUCAUCGUAAUCAAUUUACAAUUGGAAAAAAUAAAAAUAAGUGCACUCUUUAACGCACAAAAAUAGUUCUAAGUAUUAAUAUUUAUUUGUUCAUCAUUCAUGUUACUUUUUACUAAUCAUCACCAUUAAAAUAUUUCAUCGAAAUGAUCUUGGCCAUUAUUUUUUCAAUUUACAUAAAAAUGUAAUUUUUAUACUGAUAAGAAGAUUAUUUUUGCAAAUCUAAUAUGAGUUUAUAUUUUACAUUCAUGAAUAAUUGAACUAUAUAAUAUGCAGAAUUUUAAAUAGGUCAAUAUAUCUCAAUAAUAAAACGAUUCUUUUAUAUACUUCUGGUGAUUUUUAUCAAAUUUUUUGUUUAUAAAACAAAUGCAUAACGCAUGAGCACCUUCCAAACACGCCUAUCACGAUUAAUAGUGCCUAGAUAAAUAAUAGAUAUCCUUGUUAUACACUCUUAAUGAAAAAUUAAUAUACAUUUAUAACGAUAUAGUGAUAAUAUAUCGUCGCAAUAUUAUUUAUAUCAUUCGAAGCAAGAUUUAAUGUACUUUAAAAAGCAAAUUUUGAAAUCAAACAAAAUUAAAAAAUUUUAAAAUAUGCACAAAAUGUUGUAAGCCAUGACAACAUAAAAAAAUAUAGUUAUAAUAAA